GGCCGGGCCCCCGCCGGCAGGGUCCGUGGGGCUGCGGCUGGCUGCCCUGGCGCUGAGGCGACGGGACCGACACCGGCCCGGGGGAGAGGAAGUUAUUUUAGAAAGAAAGAAUACAUGUAAGAAACAAGAUGUCUCAUGCCGGGAGACGAUACCAAGAUAAUCAAUACAGGCACCAUGAGAGUCAUGGAUCUGGUAGAUAUGAAGACAGAAGAGCGAGAAAACCAUACCCGUACGAUGGAAGAUCAACAGAAGACAUCCGAAGUGACCAGCACUUAAGGACUUCCACUGUUUGCUCAGACCCUUACCUUAAAACCUCAGGAACAGCACAGGAAUAUUUUGGCCCACCACCAGAAUAUUAUCCUCCCAAGGAGACCUUCUCAAUGAAGUGUUCAAAGGUAUGCACAACAAGAGGCAUUUUGAAGUUUGUGGAAGUCACGGUUAACCUCCUGGUGCUGAUUUGCGUGGGCGCUGCCCAAGCCUCUGUCGCAGGCUUCACCUCCCUUGGCGGCUUCGGCACCGGAUCCUUUAGCCUGAAUUCGGCCUAUAGCCCCUUUGAGGGCACGGAGCUCCAGGAGGUGAGGGAUCUGGACAUGCAGUUCACCCAGAUGAGAGCCCCCUGCGUGUAUGGCGGAGUAGCCUUCAGCCUAACAGCAGCAGUACUUACCCUCGUCUUCCUUGUUGUGGGGGCAAAACCCAUCCAGCAGCUCAGGAUUCGGCUGCUGGCGGGCGAAUGUGCCUUCAACCUGCUGGCUGGCGUGGCGUACGUCGUGGCGGUCGGCCUCUACCUGCAUUUUGUCAGCCAGGUGAACUCGACGGAUGUUUGCAAGAGGCGCGAGAGGCUGUACGCGCGCCGCGGUUACACCUCCAUGAACUGCGCGGUCCAGGGCGGUGAUGCGGCCGUUGCCCUUUUUGGCGUCGCUGCUGCCUGUUUGUACUUUGCCAGCUUUGUGGUCUGCAUCCUUGCUAUUCGAACCGUCCGGGCCUUCCAGAGCCACGCGGCCAAGGCUCAGCACAGCCCCAAAAGCAGCGUUAGAGACAGAAGCGUCAGAAACCACCAUGCCGUCCACAGGACCUCUGAAAGCUCCCACAACGUGCAGGCUCUUGCCACGUUAGUGUGAAGUCAGCUCUGGGACUGCCCCAGAGAGCUGGAGCUUCAGCAAGGAACAGACACCGAACUUUACAUGCUAAACAGGUGAACCAGUCCAUAAUGUGGUGUCCUACAAGGUGCUGGAAGAGUGUAUCAAAUCACCAUACUGCUAUAACAUGAGGUAAUAAAAUUGACAUUGAGCAGGUGUUUUAACAAGUUGGGGGUUUUUUGCUUUAGUUUCUCAAGCUGGACUCCUGCACUUAAAAUGUGUUUGAUUGUAAAGUUUUUAUCCUGCACAGAGCAAAUCCAAACAGCAAUGGGCUGUUUACAGGUUGCAACCUCAGUGCUGCCAAACUCGCGCUAACAACCACUUCCUUUCCGCUCCCAUGACGCAGGGAAUGGAACGCACAGCUAGGAUGGGUCGCCCUCAUUGGAUCCUGUGCCUGUCGAUGCAUCCUGUUGCUUUACGCCACACCGCUCACAAAGCAAAGGAUGCUCGGGUGCUUUCCUGAAUCACAGCCAAAGCUAUGCUUGUGACCUGUUUCGCUUGGGCUAGUGAAGCGUUUUAUCUUUUGAGCCACGCGGGCUGACACAUGCCAAUCAUGUGCUCCCCAAGGAAUGCUGCUGGGAGGAACUAGCUGCAAUUUCGAAGGCAGCGGCUGGGUCCUCCUCCCAUUCCCUGCUGCGUUUCCCCCACCUCGCUGAGCGCAGAUCAGAACCUGAGGGGCAGCGCAUUGGUUGGCUGUCGGCUUGGUAAAGGUACCGCUUGCUUCUGUAACCACCUAAAUGAGGUUUUGGCUCACCAACUCCACAGCCGGUGGUGGGCACAGCCCAAGUCGGGAACACGCUGACUGCCCUGGAUUUUGCCAUGGGAACACUCUUAACAAUCACAGAAAGUACAUGCAUCCUUACAAUAUCUAAACAUGCAAAGCAUGAGUGAACAGCAGUAAUUGUAUGCCCCCAGGGUUGAGAAAAUAAAUUUAAGAACAUCUUUCAAGAGUCCUUUGUUUGAGGCAGAUGAAAUAGAUCACUGGUCUUCGUAGAUGAGGGAGUGAGAAAAAAAGGCUGCUCUUGAAGUACUUAAGAUUUGUCAGCUCGAGAGGAGGGAAGAGGCGAUUUUGAUUCUGGCUGUGCUCACUCUUUUCAGUUUUGUCUGGCUCGGAGUCAUUGCCCAGAUGAGGCUCUUUUGAACCACAGUGGAGCUUUUUUAUUGUAUACUACGUAUAUAUGCGCAUAGAUCUCAAAGGAUGAUAUUUGCAGUAAUAUAAGCCAAACAAUAAAAUGUUACGGUUCUGAUUAGAAGUGAUUACAUGAGCCUUUACAAUAAGUAUUUGUU